GGGGCGAGACCAGGCUCCGACCCCCGGCCGAGGGGAUGAAGGGAGCAUGGGCGCCAAGGAGUCACGGAUCGGAUUCCUCAGCUACGAGGAGGCGCUGAGGAGAGUUACAGAUGUAGAGCUGAAACGACUCAAAGAUGCCUUCAAGAGGACCUGUGGACUCUCAUAUUACAUGAGUCAGCACUGCUUCAUCAGGGAAGUGCUCGGGGAUGGAGUGCCUCCUAAAGUUGCUGAGGUGAUUUACUGUUCUUUUGGUGGAACAUCCAAAGGGCUGCACUUCAAUAACUUAAUAGUUGGACUCGUGCUCCUUACGAGAGGCAAAGAUGAAGAGAAAGCAAAAUAUAUUUUUAGUCUUUUUUCAAGUGAAUCUGGGAGCUAUGUUGUACGGGAAGAAAUGGAAAGAAUGCUCCAUGUGGUGGAUGGCAAAGUCCCAGAUACACUCAGGAAGUGUUUCUCGGAGGGUGAAAAGGUGAACUAUGAAAAAUUUAGAACUUGGCUUCUUCUAAACAAAGAUGCUUUUACCUUCUCUCGCUGGCUGCUGUCUGGGGGUGUGUAUGUGACCCUCACUGAUGACAGUGACACUCCUACUUUCUACCAAACUCUGGCUGGAGUCACACACUUGGAGGAAUCAGACAUCAUUGAUCUGGAGAAACGCUAUUGGCUACUGAAGGCUCAAUCCCGUACUGGACGUUUUGAUUUGGAAACCUUUGGCCCAUUGGUUUCACCACCUAUUCGCCCUUCUCUGAGUGAAGGUUUAUUUAAUGCUUUUGAUGAAAAUCGUGACAAUCACAUAGACUUCAAGGAGAUAUCCUGUGGGUUAUCAGCCUGCUGCAGGGGCCCCCUAGCUGAAAGACAAAAAUUUUGCUUCAAGGUGUUUGAUGUUGACCGUGAUGGAGUUCUCUCCAGGGUUGAACUGAAAGACAUGGUAGUUGCACUUUUGGAGGUCUGGAAAGAUAACCGCACUGACGAUAUUCCUGAAUUACAUAUGGCUCUGUCGGACAUUGUAGAAGACAUAUUGAAUGCACAUGAUACCACAAAGAUGGGCCAUCUUACUCUGGAAGACUAUCAGAUCUGGAGUGUGAAAAAUGUUCUCGCCAAUGAAUUUUUGAAUCUCCUCUUCCAGGUAUGUCACAUAGUUCUGGGGUUAAGACCAGCUACUCCAGAAGAAGAAGGACAAAUUAUUAGAGGAUGGUUAGAACGAGAAAGCAGGUAUGGUCUGCAGCCAGGACACAAUUGGUUUAUCAUCUCCAUGCAGUGGUGGCAACAGUGGAAAGAAUAUGUCAAAUACGAUGCCAACCCGGUUGUGAUUGAGCCAUCAUCUUUUCUAAAUGGGGGAAAGUUUUCGUUUGGAGCAGCAGCACAUCCUAUGGAGCAGGGAGAAGAUAGAAUCAGUAACAACCUCAGUUAUGUGAAUACCACAGAAGAGAAAUACUCAGACAACAUUUCUUCUGCAUCUGAAGCCUCAGAGUCUACUGGCAGUGGCUUUCUAUAUUCUGGCACACCAGGAGCAGAUAUGUGCUUUGCAAGGCAACAUAAUACUUCUGACAAUAACAACCAGUGUUUGCUAGGAGCCAAUGGGAAUAUCCUUUUGCACCUUAAUCCUCAGAAGCCAGGAGCUAUUGAUAACCAGCCACUAGUAACUCAAGAACCAGUAAAGGCUACAUCUUUAACACUAGAAGGAGGACGAUUAAAGCGAACUCCACAGCUAAUCCAUGGAAGAGAUUAUGAAAUGGUCCCAGAACCUGUAUGGAGAGCACUUUACCAUUGGUAUGGAGCAAACCUGGCCCUCCCUCGACCAGUAAUCAAGAAUAGCAAGACGGACAUCCCAGAACUAGAAUUAUUUCCUCGCUAUCUUCUUUUCCUUCGACAGCAGCCUGCCACACGGACACAGCAGUCUAACAUCUGGGUGAAUAUGGGAAAUGUACCCUCUCCAAAUGCGCCUCUAAAGCGGGUGUUAGCCUAUACUGGCUGUUUUAGUAGAAUGCAAACCAUCAAGGAAAUUCAUGAAUAUCUGUCUCAAAGGCUUCGCAUCAAAGAGGAAGAUAUGCGACUAUGGCUAUACAACAGUGAGAACUACUUGACUCUUCUGGAUGAUGAGGAUCAUAGGUUAGAAUAUUUGAAAAUCCAAGAUGAGCAGCACCUGGUAAUUGAAGUUCGAAACAAAGAUAUGAGCUGGCCUGAAGAAAUGUCCUUUAUAGCAAAUAGUAGCAAAAUAGAUAGACAUAAAGUUCCCACAGAAAAGGGAGCCACAGGUCUGAGUAACCUGGGAAACACAUGCUUCAUGAACUCAAGCAUCCAGUGUGUUAGUAACACACAACCACUGACACAGUAUUUUAUCUCAGGGAGACAUCUUUAUGAACUCAACAGGACAAAUCCCAUUGGUAUGAAAGGUCAUAUGGCUAAAUGCUAUGGCGAUUUGGUGCAGGAACUUUGGAGUGGAACUCAGAAGAAUGUUGCCCCAUUAAAGCUUCGGUGGACAAUAGCAAAAUAUGCUCCCAGGUUUAAUGGGUUCCAGCAACAAGACUCCCAAGAACUUCUGGCUUUCCUCUUGGAUGGUCUUCAUGAAGAUCUCAACCGAGUCCAUGAGAAACCAUAUGUGGAACUAAAAGACAGUGAUGGACGACCCGACUGGGAAGUGGCUGCAGAGGCCUGGGACAACCAUCUACGGAGAAAUAGAUCAAUUGUUGUGGACUUGUUUCAUGGUCAGCUAAGAUCCCAAGUGAAAUGCAAGACAUGUGGGCAUAUAAGUGUCCGAUUCGACCCUUUCAAUUUUUUGUCUUUACCACUUCCAAUGGACAGUUAUAUGCAUUUAGAAAUAACAGUAAUUAAAUUAGAUGGUACUACCCCAAUACGUUAUGGACUAAGACUGAAUAUGGAUGAAAAGUACACAGGUUUGAAAAAGCAGCUAAGUGAUCUCUGUGGACUUAAAUCAGAACAAAUCCUUCUUGCAGAAGUACAUAGUUCCAACAUAAAGAACUUCCCUCAGGACAACCAAAAAGUUCGACUCUCAGUGAGUGGAUAUUUGUGUGCAUUUGAAAUUCCCAUUCUUGCAUCUCCAGUCUCAGCAUGUAGUCCAAUACAAACAGAUUGCUCCUCUUCUCCAUCUACAAAUGGACUGUUCACCCUGACUACCAAUGGGGACCUGCCUCGACCUAUAUUCAUCCCCAAUGGAAUGCCAAGUACAGUUGUACCAUGUGGAACUGAGAAGAACGUCACAAAUGGAGUGGUGAAUGGUCAUAUGCCACCUCUUCCUGAUGACCCAUUUACAGGCUACAUCAUUGCAGUCCAUCGAAAAAUGAUGCGGACAGAACUGUAUUUCCUGUCAUCUCAGAAGAAUCGCCCCAGUCUCUUUGGAAUGCCACUGAUUGUGCCUUGUACUGUGCAUACCCGGAAAAAAGAUCUCUAUGAUGCAGUUUGGAUUCAAGUAUCUCGAUUGGCCAGUCCUCUCCCACCUCAAGAAGCUAGUAACCAUGCACAGGAUUGUGAUGACAGCAUGGGCUAUCAGUAUCCAUUCACCCUCCGAGUUGUUCAGAAAGACGGAAAUUCCUGUGCCUGGUGCCCGUGGUAUAGAUUUUGCAGAGGCUGUAAAAUUGAUUGUGGAGAAGACAGAGCUUUCAUUGGAAAUGCCUGUAUUGCUGUGGAUUGGGACCCUACAGCCCUUCACCUCCGCUAUCAAACAUCACAGGAAAGAUGUCAGGGUUGGAGCCUUCUCUUCCGUAUCAUAACAGCUAAGGCAGAUGAGGUUGGAAUUGCUCAGGCUGAUGUGCAAGUGGGAAAUUUCAUUCCAGCCUCCGUGAAUCCGACCCACGUCCUCUGCAAACUCCCCUCUGUAGUUGGACUUGCUUUGGACCACCAGCUGCCAGAUAAUGACAUGGAGACUUCUUAUUAA